UUGGCUCCUCCGAACAGCGCCAGCUUGGCGCGAGUUUUGGCAGUCCGGGGUGUCGGGAGCGAUAGGAUGGUGGCUCGGAGAAGCUUGAGAUACCCGGAGUCCCCGGGUGCAAAAGACUCAAAGAAUGCUCUGGGAAGAACACAUUCUAGGAGACACAGAGCUGGUCAAAAGCACAAGCCUAAGGACCCGUUUGACUUUUCGGAUAAUUCUGUCUCAAGCAUGCUGGGAGAAAUGGGAGAUGAAGAGGAACUGAAUGAAUCCUUCGACCCUCCUCUGCACAGUACUGUUAUUGAUGCCGAAGAGGAGCUGCCCAAAAGGCCGGCUGUCUUUCCAGCCACUCACAGAAGAGAAGAGGGCAGAAGCUUGAACCUUUCUGAGACUGAAGCAAGAGGAAGCAGUUCUCUAAAGAGCAGCACGAAAAAGCCAAGGAGAAAGCUUGAGCCUAUCAGCGAUGAGUUUGAGAGCUCUGAAGAUGACAUAAGGAGGAAAGUGGGGUCCACAGAGAGAACACGCACACAGCAGCCCCAGGUGGCACCCCCUGUGAAGCCAGCACAGCAGCAGAAGGCAGCAGCCCCUGUGAAGCCAGCACAGCAGCAGAAGGCGGCAACCCCUGUGAAGCCAGCACAGCAGCAGAAGGCGGCAUCCCCUGUGAAGCCAGCACAGCAGCAGCAGGCGGCACCCCCUGUGAAGCCAGGACAGCAGCAGCAGGCGGCACCCCCUGUGAAGCCAGCACAGCAGCAGGCUGCACCCCCUAUGAAGCCAGCACAGCAGCAGGCGGCACCCCCUGUCAUGCCAGCAGAAAACCUCAUGGCCAAGAAGACGAGACCCCAAGGCACCCAGCCCUCUGCUGUAGGAGAGACUCGAGCAAUCCAGAGACCACUGAAAACUCAGAAGAAAGUGAGGCCGUCUCCCGGCAGAAGGAAGCAAUCAGGAAGCGAAGCCACAGACUCAGAUACUUCUGAAAGUAUGCAAGUUUGGUGUCUAGAAGGAAAGAGACGUGGUGACAUCAUGGAGUUGGAUGUUAUUUUGUCUGUGUUUGAGAAAACCUUCGUGGAGUAUAAACAAAGAGUAGAGUCUGAAAGAUGUUGUCAAGCCAUCGACAAAUUUUAUUUUAAAAUUAAAGGAGAACUCUUCAGAAUGCUUGAAGACGACCAGGUGCUGAGAGCCGUGAAAAGGAGGAACACCCAGAUGAUUUCCAACAUGGAAAAGAAACGGCAGCGUUUAAUUGAAGUCCAGGAUGAACUGCUUCGAUUAGAACCACAAUUGAAACAACUACAGACAAAAUAUGACGACCUCAAGGAGAGAAAGUCAUCACUUAAGAAUUCCAUACAUUUCUUAUCUAACUUAAAACAGCUGUACGAAGACUACUCAGAUGUUCAAGAGAAAGAACCAAAGGAAAAGGAGGAGUACGGCUCAUCUAGUCUUCCAGCUCUGUUGUUUAAAGCAAGAACGAUUCUGGGAGCCAAGAAACACCUGAAAACCAUCAACUAUCAGCUGGAGAAGCUCCUUGAGCUGGAGUGAGGAGACCACAAGCUGAGUCAGCCUCCUGCCGCCAUCUCUCCUGAAGCUGUGCUCUUGACACUCUUCAAACUUCCCAUCUGAAAAUAAGUGUGGCUUACUCAUCAGAAUUUAUUAUCAUUUUGUCAUUCAAACUAAAUUACGCCCGUUCAGCUGUAGCAGUUUC